AUGUGCAAUGGUGAAUUUUACGAGAAGACACCCGAAGAAGCUUUUCAUUUUUUCGACACUUUAGCUGAGAAUACUAGGAAUUGGGAGGUAAGUCAAUUGUCUUUGGAAGACUCAAGAGAGCAUGUCAGUCCACAGCCUCGAGGAAAAUUUCAAAUAAGUGAAAGUGAUAACAUCAAUUCCCGGUUAACAGCAUUAACAAAGAAGAUGGAAGAAUUAGAGUUAAAAAAAACCAAGGCCGUCCAUGAAGUGGAAGUCCUUUGCGUAGUCUGUGAGACGAAUGGCCAUAUGACAGAAGAUUGUCCUACCAUUCCUGCUUUUAAAGAGGUCCUAUAUGGCCAAGCGUCUGGAGCACAACCACGUCACACAGAGGGUAGGCCUUAUCAGAAUCAGAGUGGGAACUACUCAGGGUACAAUCCUAAUUCCAAUACAUACCAGCCCAACUCCCAUAAUCACCCUAAUUUUUCAUGGAGAAAUGAUUCUGCCGCCCAACCCCAUGCACCCUUCCCCUCACAGCCACACUCUUACCAACCAAACCAAGGAUCAUCUGGUGCAUAUCAACCUCCUCAUAGGAGAUCUCUAGAGGACACCCUACAACAAUUCAUGCAAGGUCAAAUAGGAACUAAUACCCAAGUAGCCAAGUUUCAAGAACAAACAAAUAGGGCUCUAGAAGACAUGAGAAGUCAGCUAACUAAGUUGACUCAGACCUUGAGUGUUAGAGAACCAGGGAAGUUUCCCUCACAACCAAGUCAAAACCCUAUAGGUCAAGCCCAUAGGGCCGAAGGGUCAUCUAGUGAUAAUCAUGAACAAGUCCAGUCUGUCACUGUCCUUAGGAGUGGGAAAGUAAUUGAGAAACCUGAGGACCCUAGGAUAAUGUGGCCUACCACUUGUAAAAAAGACCAAGGGCAUGAUGAAAUGAAUGAUGAGGAAGUGAAUGAAGGAAGUAAAGAGGAGAGAACCAAAUUUGAACCUCGACCACCCUUUCCUAAAAAAUUAACCCAAUCAAAAAGAGAUAAAACAAAUGCAGACAUAUACGAAGUAUUCAAACAGGUAAGGAUAAACAUUCCUUUAUUGGAUGCAAUUAAGCAAACACCUUCGUAUGCUAAGUUUUUGAAGGAUCUCUAUACAGUCAAAAGAAAAAUCAAUGUGCAGGAAAAAGCAUUCUUAACGGAACAAGUAAGUGCUAUCCUUCAAUUCAAGACCCCUCCAAAGUACAAGGACCCAGGAUGUCCUACCAUUACUUGCAUAAUUGGAAGCCAAAAAGUCGACCAAACACUUCUUGACCUAGGGGCUAGUGUCAAUCUGUUGCCUUUCAGUGUCUAUCAGCAGUUAGGGUUGGGAGAACUCAAGCCCACUAGGGUCACUCUUCAAUUGGCUGACCGAUCAGUAAAAGUUCCUCGCGGGAUUGUGGAGGAUGUCCUAAUCCAAGUGGAUAAAUUCUAUUUCCCAGUGGACUUUAUUGUCUUAGAUACCCAGCCCCACCAGGGUCCUCAGUCACCUAUUCCCGUUAUCCUAGGGAGACCAUUCCUUGCUACUUCGAAUGCAAUCAUCAAUUGUAGGAAUGGGAUCAUGAAACUAUCAUUUGGGAAUAUGACGGUGGAGAUGAAUGUUUUCAAGGUAGCUAAGCAACCAAAUGACGAAAUGGAAUUGGAGGAAGUUGAUUUAAUCCAGACCUUAAGUGAAGAAUAUUUUGAGAAGGCUCUUUAUGAGCAGGUUAUUUAUAAAUUAGAGAAGCAAACUUCGGAAGGGAUAGAGCCUGACAUUGAGUCAGCCAGGCCAUUGAAAUUACCUGGGAAUGAAACCCCACCAUCUUUGGUCCACCCACCCCAACUUGAGAGAAAACCAUUGCCGAAUCACCUUAAGUAUGCAUUCUUAGGUGAAAGGGAGUCUUUCCCAGUAGUGAUUUCAUCAAGCCUAGAAUUGCAUCAAGAGGAAAUCCCAGAUUAUUGGUCCAAACUAGAUAAACAAAAAUUUUUCAGGAAAGUGGUGACAUUUUUCUGGGAUGACCCGUAUCUGUUCAAAUAUUGUCCUGACCAAAUCAUUCGCAGAUGCAUCCCUAAUCAUGAACAACAAAUGGAUGCUCUUUGGGCAUAUAGGACAACACAUAAAAUGAUCUUGGGAAUGUCUCCAUAUAGAUUAGUGUAUGGUAAACCUUGUCAUCUACCCGUGGAAAUUGAACAUAGAGCAUAUUGGGCAAUUCAAAGAAUCAACAAGAGGCAAUGCCUUAAGGUCAAUGGUCAUAGGUUGAAACCUUAUCAGUAUAAUUAUGAGGAAAACGAAGGAAGUGUGGAUUUAGGGGAUCCACCAUCAAAUGAGUAA